UCUCAAGGGCCUGUGCUGAGAAGCAAACGGCCCAGGCGUCCUGCGCUUCUUCCUCCAUCGGAAGUUCGGAACACUCCCGUUGCUCCGAGCGGCGCGACAUCCGAGCUUAACCCUACCCCAGCGCCCCCCUCUCUCUCUUUCUCCCCGGCUACCUGCGCGCGCGCGGCCGCCGUGAUGGCCCUGUCGGCGACGAGGGAGGUGCUCAUGCUUGAGGCGCCACCAGCCGAGGCGGCGGGGGUGCCGUGGCGCUCGCCGCCAGACGCGGAGGUGGUGGACGCGCUGCCCUAUAUCGACGGUGACUACGGCGACCCGUCGGUGAAGCGCGAGGUCGACCGCCUCGUUGAGGAAGAGAUGCGCCGCGCGCACCGCAAGCCAGCCGACUUCCUCCGCGACCUGCCCCCCGUCCCCGCCUUUGGAUUCGAGAACAAUCCGAUGCUUGCAAAAGAGUACGAUCGUGUUCGAGCUGGCAAGCCACCUGCUACCAUAGAGAUGUCUCGGUAUGGUUUGGAGCCACCUCCAGCGAACAAGAGGAAUGAUGUCGCUGCUUGGAGGCAGGCUUUACGGAAUGCUCAGAGUCAGUUGCAGCAUCAAAUUAUAAGGAUUGAAAAUUUGGAGCUUAUGCUCAAGCAUGGUGUUGAGGUUUGGAAGCUGCAGAACAGAAAAAUGGAAUCAAUUUUGUCCAGGAUGCAAAAAAUGGCUGUGGAAUACAAUGAGAAGAUAGAAAUUGUCAACCGCGAGAGGAAAUUCCACCAGCAAAACACUGGUGGACAGCUCCAUGCCUUGACAAUAGAAUGGCAGGAGCUUUGUCAGAAAAAUAUAGCUAUUCAAGCCGCCUGUGUUGAUUUGCAGAAUCAGAUUGAUCAGCUUAAACUUGAAGCUAAAGAGCAGGGAAUGCCAAUGGAUGAUAGCACUGAAAAUAACCCACAAGCAUCAGUAGGGAUCAUGUGAGAUUGUGAGAUCUUUCUACAGAUACAAAUGUAGGAUGGAAGAAGCUUUGGCACUCCCAUGAGAUGUCAGCUAGACCUGCAACUCAGUUCCAGAUACCUACCCAGGCUGCUACCAUGUCAAAUCCCAUUUGUGGACUGUGUGAUCUUUAUGUCACGUGAGAACAUGUGCUGCGGCUGGGGGACACCCGAUAGAGAAACAGCUUAAAUCCAUGUAUUUGUUGUCUGGUAGAGUGUUAGUUUUCUGUUGAUUGCAAAUGGGUGUCGACUUUUCAGGGUGUAAAUUUGUACCUUAACAUUAAGUAUUGGCCGAAACUUUUGCCUAUUUAGCACUGCUCGUUUCAGAAAAUUAUACUGCGCCUUGCAGCCA